AUGUUUAUAUUCAACAGACUUACCAUAGUAGCCACUUGCUAUCUGAUAAUUUCAAAAUACACAUUACCCACAACACUUGCAGACUGCCAAAAACAAUUCAAAACAUCGAAAUGCACGCUCUGCCAAAACACCCUAUACUCACUCUCGACACACACCCGACUAACCGACCCAGACUCACCAUUGAUUUGUCAACCGUAUCUACGACUGGCAGACUUUGUCUCCGAGAAUCAAAAAUCAUCCGGGAAAAAGGUUGACGAUAAAUCCGUAGGGAUAUCAGUAAAAAAUUCAAAUGACGACGAUUCUGCGUUGAUAAAGGGGAUUGACAAAUUUUGUUCGUUGCCCAAUCCUUGCGAUUCUACAACCGCGGAACAUGGAUGGUGGAAAAUUCAAACAGAUUGUGCAGAUGAAAUUCAGAAUUCGUAUGAUGAAACUGGGAAAACUAUCAUUUUUUUAUUUGGUGUUUAUUAUUUUGCUGCUCCGGAAUAUGAAACUAUUUGUGCCAAAAGUUCCUCGGGUGGUUAUAGCUGGGAUCAGAUAAGCUUCCAAAGCUACCAAUACAUACAAAAAAACUACGCCCAAUCAAACCAAGUAGUCUACACAACAACCUAUCAAUUUCCACCAGAGACACACAUCGACUACUCAUUCAAAAACCCAGACAAAAUGGACUCUUCUGUUAAAACCCCCUCGUCAAUAAUAUGCAGCCAAGAUUUUCUAAUAAUCACCAAAAUCUAUUUCGAUUUUGUGAGUGCUAAUCCACUCAAAUCAGCAUUCCAGCCAAUACUCUCGUUAUUAGCACAAUUGAAGAAUAACAUUACUGCUACCAAUUGCAGUGGAUUAUUUGAUGUUGGAAGUGGUGGUGGAUUAUUGGUGAAUAAUGGGAAUAAAACUAAAAAUAAUGUCAGCCCAGAUUGGGGAAACCAACCGCUGUUGAGUGGCGGGAAAAAUAAAGACAAGACUAAAGGAAAUAAUAAUACCGAUUCGAACACUGAUAGUAGUAACUCCCAUUCUUGGACUCGCGGAAAUGUCGAAAAUGUAGCAAAUCUUCGACGCGAAUUUAUUUUCAGCAUAGCCGAAAAACAUCGGGAUAAAAGCAAAUGCUUGACGUUACUCGGAUUCUUUUUCGCCAAUGGCUUCGGUACGCCAAGAAACAUUAAGAAAGUACUUCAAUUUUACGAAAAAGCUGCAAAAUUAGGCGAUCCUCUUGGCCAACAAGAACUUGGACUUUUGUACUUUUACAAUUAUAGAAGAUAUAAACUAGCAUUUUUUUGGCUACACAAAGCAACAGAAUCUCGAAUGGGCGGAGCAGCAUACUACAUAUCGAAAAUCCAUUCGAAAGGUUACGGAGUAAAGCCAAGCAAAUGUCUUGGCAUGUACUGGUUAAAAAAAUCUGCAGAACUUGGAUAUUUUGACGCGGCAAUUGAAUUGGCACGAUUUUAUGAAUCAGGAAUCGAACAACCGAAAAAUCUUUGUAAGGCUUUCUAUUGCUUUAAAAAGUCGGUGGAGAUUGAUUGA